CCCUGAAUAUAGAUUCAGAAAUUGUUUUCUGAGUUUUCAGGUUUUUCUGAUUUUCCCGCUUUCCCUCCUUUGCCUGUCCUCUGCGCCCUCCCACCCUCUCCCUCCCUAACCCAGCUCAGGUUGAAACUUUGCAGAGUACGUUCUCUUCACCCUCUCCAGGGAUGGCUCUGAGCUCUCGGGCGCACGCCUUCUCGGUGGAAGCCUUGGUGGGCAGACCCAGCAAAAGAAAACUGCGAGACACAAGAGAGGAGGCGCAACUUGAGCUGCUUGAGAAAGAGAGUGGAGAGGCGGAGGAGGAGAGAAGGAGCAGCGCCGCAGGAAGGAAGAGCGAGCAGCCUGAAAAGCGACCCAAGACAGAGCCCUUAGCAACUACCUUCUCAGGCUGUAGAGGCGGCAGCGGCGGCUGCAACAGCUUCGGAAGUCUGGAAGAAAAAGAUUCUAUCCAAGUGGAGCUUCAAGGAUCCGAGCUGUGGAAGAGAUUUCAUGACAUUGGAACUGAGAUGAUCAUUACCAAGGCGGGCAGGAGGAUGUUCCCCUCUGUUCGGGUCAAGAUAAAAGGACUGGACCCAGGGAAACAGUACUAUGUGGCCAUCGAUGUGGUGCCGGUGGAUUCCAAACGCUAUAGGUAUGUGUAUCACAGCUCGCAGUGGAUGGUAGCCGGGAAUACAGACCACUCAUGCAUCACUCCCAGGUUCUAUGUUCACCCGGACUCGCCUUGUUCGGGAGAGACAUGGAUGCGUCAGAUCAUCAGCUUCGAUCGCGUGAAACUCACCAACAACGAGAUGGACGACAAAGGCCAUAUCAUUCUGCAGUCCAUGCACAAGUACAAGCCCCGUGUGCAUGUGAUGAAGCAGGACAGCAGGGUCGACAUGUCCCGGAUUCAGUCCCUGCCUGCUGAAGGGGUUAAAACAUUCUCCUUUAAAGAAACUGAGUUCACCACAGUGACAGCUUACCAAAACCAGCAGAUCACCAAACUGAAAAUAGACAGGAAUCCUUUUGCUAAAGGAUUUAGAGAUCCCGGAAGAAACAGAGGUGUAUUGGAUGGGGUUUUAGAGAGCUACCCAUGGAGGCCUUCUCUCACUUUGGAUUUUAAAACUUUUGGUGCAGACACACCAAGUGGAAGCAAUGGCUCAUCUCCAGCGACCUCUAGUGGAGGGGCUCCCUCUCCUUUGAACUCUUUGCUUUCUCCACCUUGCUCCCCUCCAACAUUUCACAUACCUACAAGCUCCCUUGGAAUGCCCUGUCCAGAGGUGUACCUACACAAUAUCAACCUGCCCCUUUGCUACAAGAUUUGCCCAACUAAUUUUUGGCGACAGCAGCCUCUUGUCUUGCCUGCUCCUGAAAGGCUAGCAAGCAGCAACAGUUCUCAGUCUUUAGCCCCAGUCAUGAUGGAAGUUCCCAUUUUAUCUUCCUUGGGGGCCACCAAUUCAAAAUACAGUUCAUCUGAAGACUGCAAUGGACAGUGUCAACAAGCAUCUAAUUCUUCCAGUCAAAUGUUGUAUGGAUUACAGGCACCUGGAAAUAUUUUAUCACCCAACCCCAUUGCCCAGGAAGCAAUUGGUUGCUCAUUCCAUCCUUCCUAUGGCUUUUAUAGGUACAACUUCUCCAUGCCAUCUAGACUGGUAAAUGCUACCAACCAUCUCAAAGUGAAUGAAAACAGUCAAGUUUCUUUAAUAGAAGGCAAAUGCAAUCAUGCUCGUUGGUAUCCAAAAAUUAACCAUUGCCUUUAAUGGAAUAGUCAAGUUUCUAAAACAAUUACAUGUAAGCAUAUAUUUUCUUUAUUUGUAGCCAAAAAGGGUCAAGAGCUAAUGGGCUUAAAAAGCUUCAUUAUCAGAGGGUAUUCCUCUAUUCUGCAUUUAAAGUGCCUUAUGAUAUGUUCUUAAGAAGGCUGAUUACAGUAGCCUUAGGCCUCAAAAUAAGAUACUCAGUAAACAUUGUUUGAUGAGGUAGGCUACCAGUGAAAAGUGACUUCAGGUGAUGAAAUCUCUAAUUAUAGUGAAGCCUGUUUACCACAUCAACUGCCUCUUGCAUAUUGACAAUGACCAAAGGAAGGUGGAUUUAAUUCCUGUGAAGGUAGUGAAACAAUUACAGUUUUUAUCUAUGAAUAUUGGCUUCAUUGUAAUUAUCUAUCUAGUAACUGUAGAAAAAUUUCAUUGUUCAUUUGCAUUAUACUUUUAUACUCUGCUGUUGAAGGAACUACUAAUCUCAAUUUUAAGGUACAAAUAAAGACAUAAACAUUCUAAUAUUAAU